AUGGAUCAUAUCCAGGAUACAGCGGGAAGUGCGUUCCAUGUGGACCGAAUUGUUAUGAAGGAUGUAACUCAUCAACGGGAGAAUGUUAUGCAUGUGAAGAUGGGUGGGGCUCUUGAAUGCAACCAAAUGGAUGGUCACUGCACAUUGGGAUGUGGGAAUGGGUACAAACAGACAAACACAGGAUGUAUUGAUGACCAAAUGAACCAAAAUGGAGGCGCCGGUCAUGGAACAUCUGGAUCAGUUAUAGGUGGUGCUGUUGGUGGUGUUUUCGGCCUCCUUACAGUUGCCCUCAUCAUCGGGCUUUUAAUCAUCGUUAGGAGAAGAAGACAGGACAGCACCGACGGCCCUAAGACAGAUGCAGCAGAGGAAAGCAGCGUAGUCUACCAGAACACCAGUGCUUCUGCCGGUAUUUACAAUGAACUCAAAGAUAAAAUGGAUGAAGCGAAACCUAGCAAAGGGCAUGUAAACAAUGCUAAAGGUCAGUAUGCUAAUUGUAGUUUAUUGAAACCAGAGUAA